UCCAAUUUUUAUUUUCAGUCUUAGAUUUGCCUUUAAACAAUCGCCUUCAACUUUUUCGAAGAAUAUUCUAAUAAACGCGAAAUUUAAAAAUGUUAACAGAAUUUUAUGAAGAUAGGGAAAUUUUUGUAACCGGUGGUUCGGGAGUGGUUGGUAAAGCUUUAAUUGAAAAACUUCUACGUUCCUGUAAUGUGCGAAAAAUCUAUAUUUUGUUACGACCAAAGAAAGAUCUUUCAAUUGAAGAACGUUUGGAAAAAGUCAAAAAAGGAAUGAUCUUUAACCAGUUAAAAUUACAAAAACCAGAUGAAUUGGACAAGAAACUUGUGCCCAUACCCGGUGAUGCUGUUGUGCCAUUUUUGGGCAUAACACCCAAAUAUCAAAAGAUAAUGGAAAAUGUUUCCAUCGUUUUUCACUGCGCUGCUACUGUACGUUUUGAUGAACCCUUAAGGGAUGCUCUAAGAGUAAAUGUAGGUGGUACUUUGGAAACUCUUAAAUUUGCCGAAACUCUUAAGCAUUUAAAAGUUUUUAUGCAUGUUUCGACAUUCUUCAGUAAUCCUUAUGUGGAAUAUGUGGAGGAGAAAGUUUAUGAGUCACCAAUGAAUUGGAGGUUUUGUUUGGAUUUGUUAAAUAGAAAAGAUAUUUCGGAGGAACAAUUGGAUGUCAUAACCAGAAAGUUAAUUAUAGGUUUUCCCAACACCUAUUGUUUCACAAAAAACUUGGCGGAGUCUUUGGUAAAUGACUUUAAAGAUAAGUUGCCGGUGGGCAUUUAUCGACCAUCUGUAGUUUUGUUUGCCAUUGAGGAACCAGAACCUGGCUUUUCGCCUUCUUUGAUGGGUGCUAUGGGUUUAUUUGUGCUUGCAGCGGCUGGUAUCUUAAAAGCCAUUCACAUAGACAGAAGAACCAGACUCGACUUGACACCACAAGAUAUUGGCGUCAAGACGUUGUGUUAUUAUGCCUACAAAACGGCCCAAUUGUAUAAAAAUAAACCAGAUAAAAUACCGGUUUAUAUUGGAUCAUCGUGUACCCAUAGUGAUUUAAGAUUUUGUCAGUAUAUUGACAUCAUGGAGAAAUAUAAUCUUUGGCUUGAAGCACCUUUUGAGAAAAACUUUCUUAUACCCGGCUUAUAUUGCACGAAUAAUAGUUUUUUGUAUUUCAUUUUGGUGUUAUUUCAACAUAUUUUGCCUUCAUUAUUGGCGGAUUUUGGUUUAAUGUUAAGUGGACGCAAACCUGCUCUUAUGCGAGUACAUCGUAAGAUGUUCAAUACUUUAGAAGUUCUGAAACCAUUUCUUUUUAAUAACUAUUUCAGUGCGGGCAUAACGGAUGCCCAGGAAAUGAUAACAACUUUAAAAGGCACGGAAUUUAAUUUGGAUAUAAUACUGGCUGGCAAUGACUAUUUCAAAAAUGUUGGAUUUUGCUUUCCAAUGGUGCAUAGCAUACGAAAACAUUUGUUUAAGGAAGAUCCAAAAACCCUACCAAGAAGCAGGAGAAUACUGAAUAUCAAAAUUUUUAUUUAUAAUAUUAUCAAAAUAUUACUGGCUUUACACGUUUUUGACAAACUAGCGGAAUAUUUGAGAUAUUUUUAUGCCGAGAGACUGUCUGAAAUUUUUAAUACUAACAUAUUUUGCCAUAAUGAAUUACAACUUGUUAAUUAUAAUUGAGAUUUUGAAAAAUUAUUACAAAAUACUAUUGUUGAUUAUACUAUAAAACAAUUAAAGAGGCUCUACAUAAUAUAA